UGUGUCAUAAGAAAAUUCAAGUAUCAUCACUCAAAAAUUCCUGUCUCAAAUUCACGUUCAUCCAAUCAUUGCAAACUCAUAUAAGUAAUUUUUUUCUCGAAUUCGCUUGUAAUGAACAGCUCAAAACUAAGAACAACCAAAAGAUUACAACCCUACUUCCGUUGGUUGCAUUCAACAACAACAAAAUCACAAAAGGUCCCUAGACACGGCACAUCCUGCGAAAUAGACUGCUGUGGUAAUCCCUUGCCCAAAGAAAAGGACGUGGUGGUCGAGAAAAACCUGGACCCGUGCAUAUUCGAUACGUGGAGGCCAAAAAUCCCCGUUUUGAAAGCAGACCCGAAACCCUGCAUAUGUCCCCCGGUAACCUGCAAGACUAGGUUUUGCUAUGCCGGUAUGAAACCCAAACCAGGUCCGGGUGAACUCAAAGAAAAGGGAAUGAAGUGUUUGGGGAAGGUUUCUCCGAAAGGUAUUCCAGUAUCUCACCCACCAGCAAUGAGUAUUCAGAAAUGCUUAGUAUGUCCUGAGGUGAGAAGAAGACCAUCACAACCGAAAUUACCAUUUCCGGACUGGGACCACGAUUGUAACACAUUUUAUAAUUAAUAGCACAAGAAUCAACUUGGUUUUGUAACUGAAGGAAACUCAAUUUUAUUACGCGAAAUCAUAUAAGCCACUUUUCGAAGUAGAGAAGAACACUCUUAAUAUAACCACCUAACAUGUGCCCCUAUUGCAUGUUCAUACUUAUACUUUUCAUAAUUUCUCUCUAUGUACUAUACACUAAAAUAGCAUAAUAGAAGUUUAUACAACUCAAA